AUGAACCAGAAAGCGAGAGUUCGGAAAAAAAUAUCAAUUACAGUUUGCAAUUUAAUCGAUGGAUUCUCAGAUCAAUCGAAUAUUCGGCAAAAACUGAAUGCCAUGGGACCAGUGAUCAACAGAUUUGUGAGCUCGGUACAUUACUGGGUGCUGCUCAAACGUAGCGAUGAUUUUCACAAAUUAAUACAACAUAUGGAGGUAGACUGGAAUCUUGUGCAAAAGAUCGACGAACGAGAAGUGAUGUUACAAUAUGCCAAAUUCAGCCGUUUCGUUACCAUAAUCUGUGGGAUAAUGAUGCAGAGCGGUUGCUUAUUUGUCAGCUUUGGACAAUCGAUGAAAACUACAACUAUUAUCAUCGGCAACGAGACUUUUACAACACAUCCGAUGACGUGUCCAUUUUACAGUAAAAUUAUUGACACGAGAUUUACUCCUGUGAACGAAAUCGCGAUAGUUUUCCAAAACCUGGUACUACUAGUAAUAAGUUUCUGUAAUACCGGUGGUUGCAGUUUAGCUGCUGCCUUUGCGAUACAUGCUUGUGGUCAAUUAAAUGUGCUAUAUUCAUGGCUACAUGAAUUAGUUGAAAACAAAACGAAGGAGAGUGAUAAAGUUGAAAGAAAACUAGCUGCUGUUGUACAACGUCAUCUAAGAAUUUUAAGUUUUAUAUCAGAAGUGGAAAGUAUUAUGCAUAAAGUUGCUCUUGUGGAAUUAGUGGGAAGUACGGUAGUCAUAUGUUUGCUUGGAUAUUACAUUAUUAUGGCUUGGGAAACGUUGGAUACAGCAAAAAUAAUAUCUUAUGCCUUAUUGUAUUUAUCGUUGUGUUUUAAUAUCUUUAUAUUUUGCUACAUUGGAGAGAUCAUCACAGAACAGUGCAAACUUGUCGGCGAAAUGGCGUACAUGACUGAUUGGUACAAUCUACAUCACAAAACUGCACGUGGUCUCAUUCUGAUUAUCGCUCGAUCGAAUGAUGUAAUUAAAUUUACAGCAGGAAAAUUAUUCCAUUUAUCUAUCACAACUUUUGGUGAUGUAAUUAAAACUUCUAUGGUAUAUUUAAAUUUCUUGCGAACAAUGACUAUGUGA